AUGGCUAUACAUUGGAACGCUGAAGCCGAGGCUAGAUUACUCAUGGGUAUUCUAACCCAGAUGCAAGGUCGGUUAGACUACAAGGCUCUAGCCGCCUUCAUGGGGCCGGGUACGACACCACCAGCAACGAAUCAAGGAGCUCUACUGACGAUGGCAGGUUGCUCGGUUCCUGCGUUACAAGCCCAUAUUUGCAAGCUCCGUCGUGGAGCUGGUGUUGCUGGUAGCCCGGGAAAGCCGCGGACUCCAUCAACUAGGACGCCUACAAACCCCAAGCAAGCUGCUGCCGAAUCCCCCAUAAACCAAGCAAAAAGACCGUAUCAUGUUGUUGACGACGACGACGACGACGACGAUAAAGUUAUAAAGGACGAAAAGGACGUCAAACCUCUGAUCAAAGACGAAUACGAGGGCAAAAAGUUGAAGAUCUCUUUUGUUGACCUCGCCGAGUGUUGA